AUGAACAAAGAUAAUCUGAUCAGAAUGAAGACUAAGGCUGCCGGAAUUUCUUCACCCGUAAAAUCCACCGCCGCCGCUGCCGGUGGUGUUUCUGAGGCGUGGGAGGUUAGGCCUGGAGGAAUGUUAGUACAAAGAAGAAGUUCAGAUUGUACUCAGAAUUCCAGUCAUGUUCCCAACAUCAAAGUCAAAGUGAAAUAUGGCAGAUCAUAUCAUGAAGUCAACAUUAAUUCUCAAGCAAGUUUUGGUGAAUUGAAGAAAAUGCUAGCGGAGCCGACUGGACUACCUUCGCGGGAUCAGAAAUUGAUAUACAAGGACAAAGAGAGAGAUUCAAAAACUUUUCUUGAUGUUGCUGGAGUGAAAGAUGGAUCAAAGAUUAUGCUAAUUGAAGAUGAAUUGAGCAAAGAGAGACGACAUCUUGAAUCGUUACAAGCUUCGAAAAUGGAGAAGGCAUCAAAAGAAAUUGCAGCAAUUAGAUUUGAAGUUGACAAACUUGCAAAACAGGUGGCAUUGAAUGAAUUGGAGAUAAAUUGUGGGAAAAAAGUUGUGGAGACAGUUUUAUUGAAUUUGAUUGAAUUGUUAAUGACACAACUGAUUAAAUUGGAUGGAAUUUCUGCAGAAGGAGAUAUGAAAAUGCAGAGAAGAAUGCAGGUGAAAAGGGUGCAGAAAUACAUUGAAACUCUUGAUAUCCUUAAGAUAAGAAAUUCUUCCCUUGGCAGUAUGAGAAAUGAGAGGAUUCCAGGGCCAGUUGUGGUAACAACAAAUUGGGAGACAUUCUGA